CAGUGCCACGUUUUGGCCACAGCCAUACACAUACCUCGGUACUAGGCAGGCUUGGCCCUACCGUCGGGAAAAGAGCCAAUUUCCUUCCCUUCGGGCCGACGGGGCUGUGGGUGACUCCACGCAGGCCCCGCCCGCCGCCAGCGCCGCCCCUCGGGCCGAGCAGCUGCGGCCCCCGAUCCGUGUGGGGCCGUGUGGGGCCGUGUCGGGGCCAUGUCGCGACACAGGCGGGUUCUGCGGCGGCAGCCCGGCGGGGCUGCGGGGGACUGGGCUGCCGGCGCCGCGGGGCGCGCCCGGGCCGAGGCCCUCAGGGAGGUCGGCGUGGACGAGGUGGUGGAAAUGGCGGUGCAGCUCGCCCUGGAGCGGUUCCGGAGCGGGGACGAGGCGGAGAUGGAAUUUCCUUCUAGUUUCACUAGUACUGAAAGAGCAUUUGUUCACCGUCUCUGUCAGUCUCUUGGACUGGUAUCUAAAAGCAAAGGGUGAGUCAGGGUACAAUUUUCAGUUUUUUGGUGCAGACCAAUAGAAUUUCAAGACUAAUGAUAACCUGAC